ACGGAGGGAGUACAUUUUUAUUCGCAUUAAACCUGACUUCUGUUUUCCAAAUUUUAUGUCCACAAAGCUAUAAUCCACCCAUCAUCACUAGUUCACUACUAUUAGUUCUAAGGGAAAAUUUGAUAGAUGUCAUUAGAUGAAGUUUUCACCCAAUGCCGUCCAUACAAAAUGGGAUGAAUAUCUCUCCCAUUAUGAUGAUCUAUCUUCCUGUCUUCCUGGCACGGAACGUAGGACAUGAUCAAGAGGAAUGACCCCCCUGUGUUUGAUCUUUGUGAUAUCUUCACUUUUGGGUACAACUUCUGUAAUAGAAAGGUAUGACUAAUGUAUUCUAUUUCACCGUGUUUAAUUGCUCUCUUUGGUUUGAGACGUGUUUGCAUGCAUAGAAUUUGUCAUGGCUGUCGAAACAACGUAUGCAGCUCUCCGCUAUUUGCACAAUACAAGAUAUAUAGUAUAUUCUUGCAUGUACUGUUACCAACUUGAUUAACAGAUACUGAGCUUAGCAAUGCAAAUGUGUAGAGUUUAUAUCAGACUCACAGCCAUAUAACACUGGGUGUUGCAGUCAUGUAAUAUUGAUCUUAAUAACCUCUGUCAUUUAUGUUAAAGGAAAUUGAAGUCUACAGAAGUGUAUUGUGAGAUAUCCACCCGAACUGCACUGAAUCUUCUAAGCUUGACCUCAGUGUGUAUAAGAUAUUGCCGAAAUGAAGUCUUAUGGCAAUGAAGAUUUUAUCAUAGUGAUCAGUAGUGUAAAAACAAAACCUGUGGAAGACAGGCAAGUAGAAAUGAGGAGCCGCAACUGGAACAGAAAUGACUGAAAGUACAACUUUUGGCAAGGAAGCUUCAUUUGUGUUCCGGAAGGGAUGGCUCAGACGAUACAACAAGGUGAGCAUGUUGAAUGUUAGUUGUGAUAUCCAUCUGCCACAUUAAAACUUAUUUCUCCGAAUUUUUUUGUCCAAUCCAUCCAUCAUCACUAGUUCACUACUAAUAGUUCUAGGCGUGAUCGUUAGGUUGAUCUGGAGCUAGUUCUCUACUUAAUGUUGUGCUAUCCAUUAGACAAAGGGGUUUUAGGUGUGAUGCAUGAUUUCGACAUCUCCACACUAUUGAUAUUCCUUCUCACACACAAAUGCAAAAACAGGCUAUUAGAGUUUAUCUAAACCUAGCUUAUCAGGAACCUCUGGGAUCAUCAGCUGAAGCAUUGAUUCAAUUGAUACAACCAAAGUUCAGCCUAUCUUGAAUCUUUUGAUUCUUCACACCAUUUUUCUAUGUAUGAUUCUAACAACAAAAGUCCAACCUGUCCCGAAUCUUGAUUCUUCUUCAUCUUACUUAUUCGAGACACUAUUAAAAAAUAUCAAGGAUCAGCCACUCUCCUGGUCAUAGCAAACUGUAUGAUUUUGGCCUCUACCAAAAGCAAAGAUAAGAAAAGCUGGUAGCUAGAAUAGAACCUUUAGACAGAGAACAUAUAUUCUUCCUGAUUAGCCACAUCUCAUAGCGAUUCCCUUGCACCUCAAUUAAGCAUGCAAUCCUGCGCCGACCACUCCCGCCUCUUUACCCGACACAGCUAGUCAUCUACAAAUAAGCACGGUUGGGUCAUCAGUUCAUCACCAUCAUCCAACUCCAAGAAACAACAGCCCACAGCAAGCUCAAGUGAAGUGAGCUGAUCAGAUCGAUCGAUCACAAUUCACAAAGCCCCAACAAACAACAGCCUACAGGCUAGCCAAUUCACUCGAUCAGCAAUGGCGGACCGGGUGGCGAAGCUGGCGUCGCAGCGUGCGGUGGUGAUCUUCGGGGUGAGCAAUUGCUGCAUGUGCCACGUGGUGAAGACACUCUUCACAGAGAUGGGCGUGAGCUGGAUGGCGCACGAGCUGGACAAGGACCCCCACGGGAAGGACGUCGAGAGGGCGCUCGCCGGCAUUGUCGGACGGAGCCCGCCCGUGCCGGCGGUUUUCAUUGGCGGCAGGCUCGUCGGAACCACCGACCAGGUCAUGACGCUGCACCUCGGCGGCCAGCUUGUGCCGCUGCUCCGCCAGGCUGGCGCCCUCUGGCUCUGAAGAGUCAAUGACAGCAGUGGCUGAUGCGUGUGCGCAGUUAUGUGUGAUCGCAGCCUCGAAAUCAAGCUAAGCUAGUGAUCAUGUAGCGGAUCUACAUAAUUUUGGAAAGGUCAUUAUCAAACAUAUUAACGAUCAUGAUUUUUCAGUUUGACCUCUUGUUGUCAUAUGACAGAAGCAAUGGAUGCUUUGUGAUGAGCAUCCUGAGCAAUAUUAAAGGAGCUUAUGCUUAUCUUAUCUUGUCGCUGCUUAAUUUGAUGUUUUGCUUAAUUUAGCCUACUGUUGUGCUAAGACCUUGAGAGAAUCCACGGUAUAUAUAAUGCUCCUCAGUAAAUGGAGAAUAUAAUGUCAUAUCGUACAUGUUUUUCUUGGAGCUAUAUAAUGGUAGUAGAUAAUAGGAGGUAGAUGCACUAAUUCAGGGAGGUUAGUAUGUUGAGGUAGAUGCACUGGUCCAGUAGCUCGGUAUGGUACGAGCUAAAAAGAAGGAUCUACCUAGGCUGCAUUUGGCUUAUGGCAUCGCAGCUUGUUAGGCCAAAAAAUGUUUUUCUACUCUAAGGUGAAUGCUGUCGAUGGCGGGAGGUAGGGCAGUCCCUGGGCCAGGGUGUCCUUUAUUUCCCUUUUCAAACCCCAUGGAAACUCCGAAUACAUGCGUCAUCCUAAGUACAGACACACCGAUUCGGUGUUAUUUGUGUAACCCUUUAUUUUGUAUACGUUUGUUGCUAAUUUCCGUUGCAUAUUAACAAAUAAGUACUGUAUAUUGCAACGCCAUUCAGUAACCACAAACUGAGUGGGUUUAGAUAGUAGUUGAUAUAAAGGUCUAAAAGAUUCUUUUUUUUGAUAAAAAGGUCUAAAAGAUAUGGUAGGUCAAGAACUCAAGAUUAACCCUUCUUAUUCUAUACGGUCUUUUCGGUAAUCUCAUACCUAUCACGGAGAAAUUAACAGAUAUGUCAAGGCUUCUUCUGUAACAAAGUGAAAAGGUGUUUUUCACUAUCAAGUUUGCACACUAGCUAGUUUGACAGUGUAAUGUAAUCCUGGUAUCCAUGCAUAAGAUUGGUGGUCAUUUUUGGGAAGUUUUUACCCGUAUUUGUUGAAAGUGCUAUCCCACAUGACAUAGCUUAUCAUCACAUCCUGAAUAGGAAGGUAUGUUGCUGAUGAGAUAAUGGAAGGGGCAGCCCCAGUGCAUGUAGCUCCCGCUUGCGCAGGGUCUGGGGAAGGGUCCGACCACUUUGGGUCUAUUGUACGCAGCCUUUCCCUACAUUUCUGUAAGAGGCUGUUUCCAGGACUUAAUGGAAAUUGAUGAGAAAUCAAAUUUAGCUGGAUGGGUUUGAUUGGAUCUCCUCUGAUUAAUGUAUGUUGCUGACGAGGUAAUGGAAAUUGAUGAGAAAUCAAAAUUAUCUGUAUGGGUUUGAUUGGAUCUCCUCUGAUUAAUGUAUGUUAUCACUGUGUUUAAUUCCUCUCCCUGGUUUGAAACAUGUUUGCAUGCAUAGAAUUUGUAAUGCCUGUCAAAAUUAUGUGUGCAACUGUAUCUGGUAUUUGCCCGAUAUUCAAAAUAUAGUAGAUUCUUG